GUCUGUCUGUCUGUCUGUCUGUCUCUAUCUCUGCCAUUUUCCUCCUUUUGCUUUUGAAACACCAAAGUUCUCGUCCUCUGAUAUUCUUAAGGGAACUCCUCUGAACAUCUUGUCUUUUCUGCAAUAGGGUCCUUUGGAAAUGGCCAACCAACAAGAACAGACCAGUCGACAAAACCCAGAUCAAAUGGUCCCCGUCUCAGUCGAACCUCGAAGCCAAGAGUCGGACAGACCAUUGAACCACAACCUGCCAGAUUUCCUCUUAUCAGUAAGGCUCAAGUACGUGAAGCUCGGCUACCACUACCUCAUCUCCAAAGCCAUAUAUUUACUACUCGUGCCACUCUUUGGCAUUUCCUCGGCCCACCUGUCGGCCCUCACGGCCCGAGACCUAGCCCAGCUCUGGGACCAACUCAGGUUCAAUCUCAUUACCGUCGUGCUCUGCUCAACCCUCAUGGUAUUUCUGGUCACUCUCUACUUCAUGACCCUACCCAGAAAAGUCUACCUCGUCGACUUUGCCUGCUACAAGCCUGACGACUCUGCCUGCCACAAGCCUGACCCGGCUCGGAUAUGCACCCAUGAGACCUUCAUGGAGCGGUCGGAGCUCACGAACGUCUUCACCAAGGAGAAUCUUGCUUUUCAGCAGCGGAUUCUCGAGCGGUCCGGGCUGGGGCAGCGAACAUACGUGCCUGAAGCUGUGCUUCAGGUUCCACCGAACCGGUGCAUGGCAGAAGCACGGGCAGAGGCUGAGGCUAUCAUGUUCGGGGCUGUGGACCAGCUGCUGGCCAAGACCGGGGUCAAGGCCAAGGACAUAGGGAUCCUUGUCGUGAACUGUAGUGUGUUCAACCCGACGCCGUCGCUGUCGGCGAUGAUCGUGAACCACUACAAGCUCAGAGGGAAUGCGUUGAGCUACAAUAUUGGUGGGAUGGGUUGCAGUGCUGGAUUGAUUUCGAUCGACCUUGCUAAGCAGUUAUUACAGGUAAAUCGUAACUUUUAUGCUCUAGUGGUCAGCCUCGAGAGCAUCACCCUCAACUGGUACUUUGGCAACGACCGAUCGAUGCUCGUCUCGAACUGCCUCUUCCGGAUGGGCGGCGCAACGAUCCUCCUCUCCAACCGGUCCUCCGACCGCCGCCGCUCCAAGUACCAGCUCAUCCACACUGUGCGCACCCACAAAGGUGCAGAUGAUAAGAGCUACAACUGCGUGUUCCAACGAGAGGAUGAUAAGAAGAUGAUCGGCGUGUCGCUCUCCAAGGACUUGAUGGCAGUCGCCGGAGAAGCCUUGAAGACCAACAUCACGACCCUCGGCCCAUUAGUGCUCCCGAUGUCGGAGCAGCUCUUGUUCUUCGUGACCUGGGUCGUGAAGAAGGUGUUCAAGAUGAAGAUUAGGUCAUACAUUCCUGACUUCAAGCUGGCCUUCGAGCAUUUUUGCAUCCACGCUGGAGGUCGAGCUGUUCUCGAUGAGGUACAAAAGAACCUUGAGCUCACCGAUUGGCACUCGGAGCCCUCACGAAUGACUCUAUACCGAUUCGGGAACACGUCGAGUAGCUCACUGUGGUACGAAUUGGCCUAUUCGGAGGCCAAAGGAAGGAUUAGGAAAGGUGAUAGGACAUGGCAGAUCGGUUUUGGAUCCGGAUUUAAGUGCAAUAGCGCAGUUUGGCGGGCACUGAGGACCAUCGACCCAACGAAGGAGAAGAAUCCAUGGAUGGAUGAGAUUCAUGAGUUCCCCGUCCAUGUUCCAAAAGCGGUGUCCAUCGGAUCUACCAUGAAAUAAGCGCAUCGUUCGGGAUUUCGCCAAGAUAGGCGAGAUUGAUUCUGAAGGACACGUAAACCCUUAAUUAUCCUUUUGCCUUGAGUUCUUGCACAAGCAUCAUUCUAGAUCUUCUUGGAAUUAAACUUUCCUUCGCCUGAAUCGAUUCCUGGAAGAAGUGUGCAUUUAGCUUUUGUAAUUGUCUAUAUGACCGAUCAAAGCAUGUUUUCUAUGG